GCGGCACAUCCAUGUUCAAGGGGGCGAUGGUGAGGGGGGCGACAACAUGGCAGGUGGUUGCGCUGCUGCUCAUGGAGGCGAUGAGGUCGGCAGAAAGCUCAUCGUUGAUGUGCUAUCAGAGCAACGGGCAGCAAGCAUCAUGUACACAGAAUGAAACAUACUGCUAUGAUAUCUGGGAAUUAAAAUAUGACAACUCGACAAAUAACAAAUCGUUCUCCUACAUAGUACCAAGCCAGUAUGUAUCAGUUCCAUCCAACAUACACAGUAGGGGUUGUUACAAUGACACAUGGAAAACAACGUCCAUAUUCGUGUGCCCAAUUACAAGUCCUUCUUCCAAUUCCAUGAUUCCGUCCAGUACCGGAUCCUACAAAGUGAUCUACAACAAUGCGACAUUGGGCAUUUUAAUCUAUUACACUUGUUGCACAGAGAGCACAUGUCCCCAAGAGACCACUACCUCCACCACACCAAUAACUUCGACUACACCUAUCCCGACAACCAAUGCUUCUAACACGACCAACUCGACCAACUCGGGUACAACCUCUCAAACAACCACUACAACAACCGCGUCUACCACAGAAACUACUCUCCCCCAAACGACUCCCAUGCCCAUCGAAAGUGCUUCAACAAGCUCCACGCAGUAUCCUGAAAAUCCUCCUCUAAUUCAACCGUAUCAAGGAAAACUGAGCACGUUGGAUUUAGCUUUCGUCGGCGUUAUAACAGGGCUGGGUCUUGUUUGUGGACUUGUUGUUGACAUUGCAACUGCUGGUUGGGGCCCCUUCAAGGAGAUCUAAUAUUGAUUGCUUUUCUUCUUGGAUUGCGACGUUCAGUACUUUCUUCUGAUUGCAAAGAAACAAUUUUUGUACGUGUAUAGUAAAUUAAUAGAACAUGGAAAACUUGCUACAUUUUGAGAGCUUUGAAUUUAGGGAAUUGCACCUUAUACGAGUACGGACUUUGAGGGACAGAAAUGUCCUUCGAAUGCUCGAAGUCGCUCCCGUUGAAGGUCAUUGUCAACCUUUUUGGGCCCUUCCUGUUUCUCACGUUUGAGAAUUCUUGCUUUGGCGACGUCAAACUUGAUUUGCUCAACUUGAUUCCUGGCAGGGGAGCUUGAUUGACGUAGAGCAGAUCAGCCCCUUUAUGAAAUGGAUUGUCCCAGCUUCUGCCCGCGUAAAUCCUCUUGCUGUUGUGAUGUUCAUCCAAAACUUUUGCACAGAUCUGCAGAGAUUUCAAAAGAUUUGAAUCGCGCUGAAUGACUCGUUGCAACGGUCUUCUCAGGAAUUCAACAGUGUUUGCCUUAAAGGCUGACGAGUCGUCAUGAUUCAGCCCUUGCUGCAGUAGAUCUUUGCUGCGCUGAGAUUGCUCAAAAGACCUUGUGACUUGCGAAAAUUGUUCUUUUGCCUCGCGUAUCUUUUCUUGUCUAUCGGUAUCUAUAUGAUUUUCUUUCUGCACUGUUAAAUCUGAAUCCACCACUUCUACAAACGGCUCGUCUGGAUAGCUGCUUUCGACUGUCUUCAAGAUGGACUGAAACGCCAGCA